UGUCUUCUAACCCUACCGUUUUUCUUUCCAACAUCUUCCUUCUACAGUGUUACGGAACGUGUCAUCUUCUCUUCGACCAUGGCUGCCAACGGGGUCACCGCAGCUCCAUCUCCGUUCGUCACCCUUGUCUCCUCCGAUGGAUUUGAGUUCCAUGUUCGCCGAUCUGCUGCCUGCGUUUCAGCCACGAUUCGUCGAAUGCUAGAUUUGCAGAGCAACUUCAGUGAAGCCCAGACCGGAGUUUGUCACCUGGAGAACAUUAAUGGCAUUGUCCUCGAAAAAGUCGUCGAAUACUUUUACUACAACGAGAAAUACCGCGAUAGUGUCGGUGUCCCAGACAUGGAUAUUCCUUCAGAGCUUUGCCUGGAACUGCUCAUGGCUGCUGAUUAUCUCAUAACUUGAGAUGUUUGGCAGACCACCCUUGCACUCCACAAGUGCUUUACGAAGUCCCAACAUCCCAUCACCGUGGUCACCCUCGGAUGAUGAUAUCAGACGACAUUCUCAGAAUUAGCGGGACAUACUCUGCAGUAUUCGCCGAACCAUACACGCCCAGAGUAUCGUGUCACACAAAGGCCAUCCAGUCGCCACGGCAAUCGCACCACAUACUGCAUUAUCAGCCUCGUAUCAAUUGAUCGAGCGCCGAACUUACAUACACGCAGAAGAAAUCCGACCAGCAUACAAUCAUUGCUUAAGGACAGGCGACGGUAUUUCUCCCUGGAGGAAGGGACCUGCGAGGCAUGGACAAGUGUCUACGUGGCAGGAUAUCCUCAACCUAAUUCAGAUGGUUAAUGCAGAACAAGGCAUGAUGUGAGCUUUGUCUAUGUCUCAGGUUCAGCCAGAGCUGUUUCGUCUACGGCUACUGAGAUACAUGUGUGUCCUCGAACCUGGGAUGUACGCUCAGGAAGAUCCUAUACCAAAAAGGUCAGCGU